UAUUACAAUUCGUCACCAAUACCAAUUACAAUGGCUGACAAUCAACUUCAACUCCCCUUUAUUACCAGAUUGAAAGUACUCGCUCAUAACUUAAUGAAACGUGCUAUAUUUCGCUCUGAUAACACCAUCAACCGCCGGAUUUACAACUUCUUCAACAUCACAUCACCUGCUCCCGCCACCAAACUCAUCGACAACACCACCCCCAUCUCCACCUCUAAUGUACCCGUUGACCCCUCCCGCAACCUCUGGUUCCGCCUCUUUGUUCCCACUACUCCCUCAAAUACACCAUUGCCCUUCAUUCUCUACUUCCACGGUGGCGGAUUUUAUGCAUUUGGGCCUGACUUUUUCGUCUAUGACAGCCUUUGCAGCUGUCUAGCUGCGCAACUACCUGCUGUCAUCGCCUCCGUGAACUACAGGCUUGCCCCUGAACAUCGUUACCCCAGCCAAUACGAGGAUGGUUAUGACACCUUGCAAUUCAUCAACUCACACAACUAUGCUGUUUUACCAGCCAACACCGACCUCAGCAAUUGCUUCAUUGCUGGAGACAGUGCAGGAGGCAACAUAGCUCAUCAUGUAACAGUGAGAGCAUGCAACAACUCUCAGCAGUUGGACAAACUAAGGAUCGAGGGACUUAUGUUGUUGCAGCCAUUUUUUGGCGGAGAAGAGCGCACGGAGGCGGAGCUAAGGCUGAAGAGGGCUCCUGUGCUCAAUGUGGAGUACACUGACAAGAUGUGGAGGGCAUUUCUGCCGGCCGGAGCUGACAGAAACCACCAUGCAGCCAACGUUUUGAACUAUGGGGAAGUGAAGAAUGUUGAGUUGCCAAGGACAGUGGUGGUUGUGGGAGGGUAUGAUCCGCUUCAAGAUUGGCAGAGAAGAUAUGUUGAGUGGAUGAACAAAUGUAGCAAAGAAGUGGAGUUGGUUGAGUAUCCUAAUGCAAUUCACGGCUUUUAUUUGUUCCCAGAAGUUGCUGAAUACCAACUGGUGUUUCAUAGCAUGAGAGAGUUCAUCAAGAAGCACCAACUCUCAUCCUAGUAGUUAAGAUUGCAAUCGUAUGAAUAAGUUGAAAAUCAUGAGUUUAAAUCUCA